AUGAUUGGCGAACCAGCUGGCGUUAAAAGACUUAAAGUAACCAAUACUCCUGGUAAGAAUUUGGUUGCUACUAAUUAUGCCUAUGUCAAUGAAAAGGAAUUUCCUGAAUUUCCAAUUUAUAUUAGAGUGAAGGAUAUUGUUCUUAUUGCUCAAUCACAUCCUAGUAUUGAAUUUGGAUCUAUUGCUUUGAACAAAAUUCAAAGACAAAGUGCUCACUUACCAAACAAUGCCGAUGCUGAAUGUGAGGUUUUCCAUGUACCAAAACAUAACUUUGAACUUUCCUUUGUACUUUUCGAAAUUGAUUUUAUUAGUCCAAAUACUGUUACAGAUAAUGAAGUUGACGGAAAGAGAUUAAUUCAAUCGUUCAAGGAAAAUUAUAAUAGACACAUCUUUAUUGAUAGACAAAAGUUUGUCAUUGAUUUUGAAGGAAAUAUGAUUCUUGUUACAUUGAAGGAAAUGGAAGUUUUUGAUACUAAAACAUUGCAAACAAAUUCAGGAGAACUUAAAGAAGUUGCUACUAUGGGUAUUUUAACAAAGAAUACCAGUAUUCGUGUUGUUAAACCAAAGACAUCAACUGUAAAACUUACAAAUUUACCAUCUGAAUCAGCUGGUACAACUGAUAUUUUCAAUACUCAAGUUACAUUUGAAAAAUUAGGUAUUGGUGGUUUGGAUAAGCAAUUGAAUAAUGUUUUCAGAAGAGCUUUUGCUUCUCGUAUUUAUCCAGCUGAAGUUAUUGCAAAACUUGGUGUUAAACACGUUAAGGGUAUUAUUCUUUUUGGACCUCCUGGUACAGGUAAAACACUUGUUGCCAGACAAAUUGGUAAAAUUUUGAAUUGUAAGGAACCAAAAGUUAUUAACGGUCCAGAAGUUUUGAAUAAGUACGUUGGUCAAUCAGAAGAAAAUAUUAGAAAGUUAUUUGCUGAUGCUGAAGCUGAAUUCCAAGAAAAGGGAGAUGACAGUCAACUUCACUUGAUUAUUUUCGACGAAUUGGAUGCUAUUUGUAAACAACGUGGUACUGUUAGAGAUGGUACCGGUGUUCAAGAUUCUAUUGUUAACCAAUUGUUGAGUAAGAUUGAUGGUGUCAACUCACUUAACAAUAUUUUGAUUAUUGGUAUGACCAACAGAUUGGACAUGAUUGAUGAAGCUCUUUUACGUCCAGGUAGAUUUGAAGUUCAAAUGGAAAUUGGUUUACCAGAUGAGAAUGGUCGUUUACAAAUCUUGAAGAUUCACACUCGUGAAAUGUCAAAGAAUCAAUAUUUGGCUGAUGAUAUUAACUUUGAAUAUUUGGCUAAAACUACAAAGAACUUUUCAGGCGCUGAAAUUGAAGGUUUAGUUAAAUCAGCUGCUUCAUUUGCUUUGAAUAGACAAAUUGAUUUACAAAAUAAGAAGAAAUUCGAUGAAAAGAAUAUUAAGGUUACAGGAGCUGACUUUGAAAUGGCUCUUACUGAAGUUAAACCAGCAUUUGGUGUUUCUACUGAUGAAUUGGAAGCUUACUUGAAUCAAGGAUUGAUUAAUUAUGGUGAGCCAUUCCAAAAGUUGAUGAAUACUUGCAAAUCUUUUAUCAGACAAGUUGAAACAAGUAGUAGAACUAAUUUGUUGAGUAUUUUACUUAGUGGUACUACUGGUACAGGUAAAACUACAAUUGCUUCUCACUUGGCUGUUGAAAGUGGUUUCCCUUAUGUUAAAAUUAUUUCUGCAGAUAAGAUGGUUGGUUAUUCUGAACAAACAAUUUGUACACAAAUUAACAAGAUUUUCCACGAUGCUUACAAAUCACCAUUGAGUAUCAUUGUGGUUGACAGUAUUGAACGUUUGAUUCAAUUGGUUCAUAUUGGUCCAAGAUUCUCCAAUUUAAUUCUUCAAGCUUUACUUGUUUUGAUUAAGAAACCACCACCAGCAGGUAGAAAGUUACUCGUUGUUGGUACAACAAGUAUGGCUGAUAUUCUUGAUAGUUUGGAAAUUACCAGAAUGUUUAACGUUACAGUUGAUGUACCAAGUCUUUCAUCAAGACAAGACAUUUCAAAUAUUUGUCUCUCUUCUGGAUGUUUCAAUUUGGAUUCUGAUCAAGAUAGAGAAACUAUGAAGAAUAUUAUGGGAUUGAUUCCAAAUCAAAUUCCAGUUAAAAAGCUACUCUUAGUAACUGAAAUGGCUCACACAAGAACUGAUAUGGAUGAAGCUGAUGCUGAUGAAUCACAAAGAAGAGUUACAGUUGAAAAGUUUGCUCAAUCUUUGAGAGAUUGUGGUGUGUACGAUAGAAAAUUACCAAUUCCUUUGACAAUGCAAGAAGAAGACUCUGAAGAUGAAGAGUAA